AUGUUCAUCUCCCACUUCCCAAACAACCUCACGUCUUCCAUUCACGCCACUGAUCGCUGCGUCCUCUCAUCUCUCUUCAACCCAAAAGCCAACACAAUUGAGCAACUGGGAGUAGGACCUGUGGAGGCAAAAGUUGGGGUGAACAAGCCAGAAUUGCUUCCCAAAGAGUUCAGUCCUGUAAUUGAUGUAGCUGGCUUCCUCUCUGAUGGUCAGGAGAAAAGACUAACCCAAGAGAUUGAUAACAUAGAGAAAGAUACUGGAUUCAAGUUGAGGGUUCUUGCACAGAACUAUCCUGACACACCAGGUUUGGCAAUUAAAGAUUUCUGGCAAGUGGAUGAUAGAACUAUUGUCUUUGUUGCUGAUCCCACCUUUGGCAAUAUACUGAACUUCAACGUGGGGGCUUCCGUUGAUCUUGAUGUUCCACGUAGCUUUUGGAGCCGUUUGGCCGGGAAAUAUGGAAAUGUGUUCUACUGGAAAGAGAAGGGAGAAGACGGAGCGAUUGAAGCUGCAGUAGUGGCAAUAUCUAGCUGCUUGAAAGAACCUGUAGGCUCAGAUAAUUGCUCUGAGAAUAAUGUUCAUUCCAUAAUCUUAUCAAUACUAUGA